AAUACCCGGCAGCAUGGCUGGACUCCGAAACCGAACAACGUAGAUUGGAAACUUUGUGCAGCAGGGUACCUGAUUUGUGAAGACUUGUGACAAUGGUUGUGGCUAUAGGGUUUGAAGGCAGUGCCAACAAACUGGGGAUAGGCAUAGUGAAGGAUGGUGUGGUAUUAUCUAACCCUCGUCACACCUACAUUACCCCACCUGGGGAAGGCUUUUUGCCCCGUGACACAGCCAACCAUCACCGUCAGCAUGCCCUGAGCAUCCUGAGACAGGCGCUAACCGAGGCCAACAUUACCCCACAGGACAUAGAUGUGGUUUGUUACACUAAAGGCCCAGGGAUGGGGGCGCCACUUGUGUCAACUGCCAUUGUGGCCAGGACUGUGGCUCAGCUGUGGAGCAAACCUAUGGUAGCUGUCAACCAUUGCAUUGGACACAUAGAGAUGGGACGCUUGAUCACAGGGGCAAAGAAUCCAACAGUUCUGUAUGUGAGUGGAGGUAACACCCAGGUAAUAGCCUACCUGGAGAGACGGUAUCGAAUAUUUGGGGAGACGAUUGAUAUUGCUGUGGGUAACUGUCUUGAUAGAUUUGCCCGAGUCCUCAAGCUGUCUAAUGAUCCCAGCCCUGGAUACAACAUUGAACAACUGGCCAAAAAGGGAGAGAAGCUGGUUGAGCUGCCAUAUGUGGUAAAGGGGAUGGAUGUGUCAUUCUCUGGACUACUUUCCUACAUCGAGGACAUUGCCCCUAAACUGAUUGCCUCAGGAGAUUACACACCAGAAGACUUGUGCUUUUCUCUCCAGGAGACUGUGUUUGCCAUGUUGGUGGAGACAACUGAGCGAGCUAUGGCCCAUUGUGGCUCUGAUGAGGUGCUAAUUGUAGGUGGAGUGGGAUGUAAUAAAAGAUUACAGGAAAUGAUGGCAAUAAUGGCAAAGGAAAGGAGAGCAACUCUUUAUGCUACUGAUGAGAGGUUUUGCAUUGAUAAUGGUGCGAUGAUUGCACAGGCCGGCUGGGAGAUGUUCAGGUCAGGUCAGGUGACAGCGCUUAACCAGACAACCUGUACACAAAGAUUUCGUACCGAUGAAGUUGAAGUCACUUGGAGAGGAUGACUCCCAUAGUCAAGGUCAUACAGUCCAUGGAACCAUUGUUCUGUAUUCAUUAACAUCAGUUGAUCAUAAUCAGCUCAUCAAUAAAAUAUUUAAAAUUUUUCUAUCAA